AUGGAAGUUGAGGUUUAUAGUCUACGCACCAACUCCUGGAAAGUGAUUGAACAUGCUCCUCGGUUAAAUUGCCUGUGGUGGCUCAUGGGGUAUGAGGUUUGCAAUGGAAUAGUAUACUGGCUGGUAUAUGAUGAUCGUCACAGGAUCGUGUCGUUCGACACCGGGACUGAAAUAUUUGAUGAAUUGCUGGUUCCAGAUUCCAUAUUGCCUAUUAAUGGUUUUGUCAAGAUUCAAGUGUACAAGGAAACCAUAUGCUUGCUUCAAGGUACUACGAAUGUUGAUUUCUGGGUUCUGCAACAAGGGUCUUUUCAAAAGCUGCGCACUAUUUUUCUGCCAAAUUAUGCCCCUCUAGGCUUAUUUACAGAUAAUGGACUCUUGGUACAAGAAAAAUCAACACACAGUGAGCUAGAUUUGUUUGAUCUUGAAUCCAACCAUCUUAAGAGUACCGGAAUCCUGAUCUGCGAUAUACUUACAAAGGAAGUCUAG